AUUUAAGAACUUAAAAUACAUAAAUAUAUAAUACAUGGAAAAAGUCAUCUUUAAUUAGUAUAUAUAAUGUUUUCAAUCAACUAUAAUGUUGUGCAAAGAAACAAAGAAAAACAUAUUUAUGUAAAAUAUUUUAAAAUUUUAUAACAAUGUCUGUAUUUACUAGAAGAUUUGGACAUAUAUAUAGAACUUUAUUGCUGGAUGGAAGCCCGGCAAAUAGGACAGCAAAAUGGACUUUAGCUCUACUUAUCACUGGAGUUUGGAUAUAUAAAAGCGAGAAAAAGAAUCCCAAACAACGUGGUAUUUUUUUCAGGGAUAAGAAAGCAGUGCCCUUUUAUCAAUAUGAAGUCGAUGAAUGGAAUUCUAAAUUUAAAGGAGAUAAUAUUUGACAAUUUUUAAUCAAUAGAUGUAAAUUUAACGUUAAAAUAGUGUAAAAGUUUGGAUUCCUCAAUUUUUAAUGGAAUAUUGUAUAUUAAUU